UUAAUGGAGUAGAGGACAUGUCUACUCUGGCAGAACUACAUGAAGCUGCCAUCAUGUACAACCUUUACCUCCGCUACCAGAAGGACUGCAUCUAUACCAACAUAGGCUCUAUCCUAGCAGCGGUGAACCCCUACAAGCAGAUCCCAGGUCUGUAUGACCCAGCAGCAGUAGACCUGUAUAGUAGACACCACCUGGGAGAGCUGCCCCCUCAUAUCUUCGCUGUGGCCAACGAGUGUUACCGCUGUCUCUGGAAGAGACACGACAGCCAGUGUGUUCUCAUCAGUGGAGAGUCAGGAGCAGGGAAGACAGAGAGUACCAAGCUGCUGCUCCAGUUCCUGUCUGUGAUGUCUCAGAACUCAGCCGGGACAGCCCCUCUGAGAGGAGCACCCGCGUGGAGCUGGCCAUUAUCCAGAGCAGGUAACUGA